AUGGUAUAUGCAACAAAAAGAAAGAAGACGCAUCCUCUCUCUCACUCAAUCCCCCAGUGAAGUCUCAGAAAAGCUUCACAAGAAACAAUGAAAAAGUCCUAAAGACUACACCCCCUCUCUCCUUCCAUGACCAGAGAGGCUAUGAUUGUGUGAAACAGACAAAAACUUCCUUUGUUCUCUUCCGCUCCUCAUACCCACCCCAGUUCUUCAAUUCCCAGCUUUUUUUUUCCCAUUAUUUUCCAUUUUUUAUCGUGUCCUUUUUGUACUUCCCUAUAUCUCUCUGCCUUUCUGAUUAGACCCAUCUGAAAUAGAGUAGUAAAUGUUUGAUUGGGUUAAUGGCUCGGUUAUAGGGUAGAGUAGUUUUUUUUUUGCUUCUUUUUGUUCGUCCACUGCGUUUUACUGUUUACUGUGUUCAAUCUUUUGUUUCUGGGUUGAGAUGAGGAAGCAUGGUUGGCAACUCCCUUACCAUCCCCUUCAGGUUGUGGCUGUUGCUGUAUUUCUGGCAUUGGGGUUCACUUUCUACGUGUUUAUCGCUCCUUUCGUUGGGAAGAAGAUGUUUCAGUGUAUAGCCGUCGGAAUCUACACUCCACUUAUUGCCUGUGUUUUUGGUCUGUACAUCUGGUGUGCAGCAGCUGAUCCUGCAGAUACAGGAGUUUUUAGGUCUAGAAAGUGUAUCAACAAUCCAGUUAAGGGGAAGGAUAUUGGAGCAAAGGAUUCCAAACUAGCCGUGGACUCAACUUCAUCCUUGCAUGAGCCAAAUGCCCCUACAAUUGCAAAGAAACAUGCAGAUUCAGAUGUUAUGAGCACAGAUAUAACUCUCAAUGACUCCAAUACUGACAUUCAGAAGCAGAAGGCCUUCAGAGAUAAACCAUGUUGUUUCCUAUUGGUCUUUUCUCCUUGUGCUUUUAUCUGCAAUUGCUCAAAUCCAAAUGAGGAAUCUUGUGAACAACAACUGAGCGAAGAUGGAAUGUUCUAUUGCAGUUUGUGUGAAGUUGAGGUUUUCAAGUACAGCAAGCACUGUAGGGUUUGUGACAAGUGUGUAGACCGCUUUGAUCAUCACUGCAGGUGGAUUAACAACUGUAUAGGCAAAAGGAACUAUCGACAGUUUUUUACCCUCAUGGUUUUUGCUAUCCUCUUGCUUAUUAUACAAUGGUCGACUGGAAUCCUUGUACUGGUCUGCUGUUUUCUUGAGCGAAGGCGAUACUCUGUGGAUAUCUCUUCCAAGUUGGGAAGCAGUUUCUCUAUGGUUCCCUUUGUUAUUGUGGUGUCAUUAUGCACCAUUUUGGCCAUGAUUGCAACGCUCCCUCUGGCGCAGCUAUUCUUCUUCCACAUCCUUCUCAUAAAAAAGGGGAUCAGCACAUAUGACUACAUAGUGGCAUUAAGGGAGCAAGAGCAAGAACAACAAGGAAUUGGGGGUCAGCAGAGUCCACAGAUGUCUAUUGUCAGUUCACUUACGGGAUUAAGCAGUGCAAGCUCCUUUAGUACUUUCCACCGGGCAACUUGGUGCACACCUCCUCGUCUGUUUUUGGAAGAUCAGUUUGAUGUUGUUCCUCCGGAAACUGGUUCUGUAAGCUCAUUAGGGAAGAAGAUGGUUGGUGAAGAGCCAGUCAAGAAGAGGAAUCCAGCAGUGAAGAUCAGUCCAUGGACAUUAGCACGAUUAAAUGCAGACGAGGUUUCAAAAGCCGCUGCAGAGGCAAGAAAGAGGUCUAAGAUUUUGCAGCCUGUUAUACGACAGGAAGCCUCUUUCGGACUAGAAGCAAACAGCAGUUUUGGCAGUAGUGACCGCAGAGUGGUUGCAAGGCCUGAGAAUAAUAGAAGACGAGCUAGUAAGCGAGUGCGCCUUCCAGCUGACCUACCUGUGGAGCCUAUCACAAAGGUCUCAGCUAUGGCUACUGAGAAAGGUUUCCACGAGACAUCAACUGGUUUGGCCCCUCUUCAGCUUGAAGCGCGCAGUGCGUUCCAAACAAGUCAUGCUAUGUCAACAUCUGCUGGUGUUGUUGCUUCUUCUCCUGAGAGUAGUUUAGACUCACCAGACAUACACCCAUUUCGGGUCUCCUCUUCAGGAGCUGAAGAGUCAAGACGGAUCGCUGGUCUUUCAGGAAGUGGUACAGUUGCUCAGAGGGGAAUUCCAUUUUCAAGGUCUACAAGUGAUGGGUAUGAAGCUUCUGGUGGAGAAGAUAGUGAUCAGGUUCCUUCAAGGAUUGUCCAAAGGUCGGCAAACUGGAGUAAUGUUCUCUUUAGCGCUGAUCAUGAUGAGAGGGUUGUCAGAUCGAAAACAUCAUCUUCGUCCAGCCAUGUUAACGAUAGAAAGAUUUGACGAGUUAUGAGUGACUGAAGUUUGGUCUCUGUUGAAUUGAUUUAUGGAAAUUUUUUCAAAAUUCUUUAAUUUUUAGGCCAACGAAUUUCAACAACUAACUGGCCAUCUUCAGCAUUGAGUGUUUGAAUUUGGUGACUUGCUUGGAGCUGUGAAAUCUUGGGAGUCACUACUUCAUGAAGAAGAAAUGAGCAAGCUUCUUCAAAUCCUGGGUCUCUUUGUCCUUUCAUUCUGGCAAGUUAGCUCUCUCUGUUUACAGAUUGUGUUUGAAGCAUUCAUUCAUGUGUUGCUCACAAUUAUUUUCUUUGCAAAUGUGCUUGGUAAUCCACCGGAUAUAAAUGUAAGAAAAAUGUAUAUCAUGUGGGAAUUUGAUGAAUCGGAGACUUGUCUUAGAAAAGGAAGUGUUAUCUGGGUUUUACUCA